GCAGAAGUGAUAUUGUUGGUUAUUUUUUUGAACAAAAUUUAGAAGUAGUGGUACCAUUGGAGUUCUAAAUCCUAGUUUAACAUUUUUCUUUUCUGCUCUAAGAUUUGGGUCUUACAAUUUGUGCUGUCUACCCCCAAGCAUCGCCGUUCUUGUUGACCCAUUUUGUCUAUGUAUAAGGUUGUUAUGAAUGGAUGGUAAUAAGCAUCAUCAAGGUGGUGAAGUAAGCAUGACUGAGAAGAAAAGAGAAGAGGUGGUGGUGGCAAUUUCAAAUGUGGGUGGAGAAACCCAUUACAAUGACCAUGAUCAUGAGUUGAAAGGGGUUGAAUAUUCGCCUCGUUACGCUUCAAAGUCACCACCUUUAAACUGUGCUUCCCCUGAGAUAAGGUUCAUCCCAAGCCCAAAUAAGCCCCCAAAAAUUCCAACUACAAAUGAAAACCUUACUCCAAGAAAAAAUCUUGCAAGAUCAGUGUAUUCCAAGCCCAAAUCAAGAUUUGGUGAACAACCUUACCCUAUUGAUGAGACCCUUUUAGAAGAGAAUGUUACUUCAACUUUCCAAGAACAAUUAGCUGUUAGUUCACCUUAUAGGAACUCAUUCAAUAAAGCAGCACAGUCACCUAAUAACAAAUCUGGAACGGUUAAUAGAAGCAUUUCGAUUACGUCUGUCGUCACUCCUAGGACGCCUUUGAUGGCAUCUCCAGGUCCUGCUGGUGAGGAUGAUUUUGAUGAAAUCAUUUACAGGAAAGUUGAAUUAAGUAAAGGCAAGCGAAAGAGACUAACGACUAAGGUUUUGAUUGAAUUGUUCGUGUUUGUGUGCAUUGCGGGUAGCUUGGUGGCUAGCUUAACUAUUGAGGAACUGAGAAGGACACAGAUUUGGAGUUUAGCGCUUUGGAGGUGGUGUAUGCUUGCGAUGGUGACCUUUUGUGGCAUGUUAGUUACCAAAUGGUUCAUGCACAUUGUUGUUUUCUUGAUUGAAAUGAACUUCUUGUUGAAGAAAAAGGUGCUUUAUUUUGUCCAUGGACUGAAGAAAUGUGUUCAGGUUUUCAUUUGGAUCGGUUUGGUUCUUCUCACAUGGGUGCUUUUUAUCAAUCGCGGGGUUGAAAGAUCUAAAUUGGCAGCAAAGAUUUUGGAUGGUGUAACAUGGACUCUUGUUUCCCUUCUCAUAGGAGCAUUUUUGUGGGUUAUAAAGACAUUGUUGCUUAAGAUUUUGGCAUCGAAUUUCCAUGUCAAAUCUUUCUUUGAUCGAAUUCAAGAAUCAAUCUUCCAUCAGUAUGUUCUGCAGACUCUCUCCGGGCCUCCACUUAUGGAAGAGGCUGAGAAAGUCGGUGGAUCUCAAAGUAUAGGCCAUUUUAGUUUCAGGAGUACAAUUGGUAAAGGUGGCACAAAGAAAGAGGUUAUUGAUAUGGCAAAGCUUCACAGGAUGAAGCAAGAGAAAGUUUCCUCGUGGACUAUGAAGAUUUUGGUAGAUGCAGUGAUGAAUUCAAGGCUGUCCACAAUCUCUAAUUCACUAGAUGAAACUUUUUAUGAUGUAGACAAUGAACAAACUGAUAAAGAAAUUACUAAUGAGAUGGAAGCAACUGCUGCUGCCUAUUACAUUUUCAGGAAUGUUGCUGCUUCCCCUAGUUGCAAGGACAUCGAUGAGGAUGAACUACGUCGAUUCAUGAUUAAGGAAGAAGUUCCUUUCGUAUUUCCCCUACUGGCACAGCCAGAGACAGGGGUAAUCACCAGAAAGUCUCUAGCAAAUUGGGUGUUGAAGGUAUAUCAAGAACGUAGAGCACUCGCACACGCCUUAUGCGAUACUAAAACAGCUGUUAAACAAUUAAACAAGCUCGUGACAGGAGUCCUAGCACUGGUGACCAUAGUAGUAUGGCUUCUUCUGAUGGAGAUUGCAACAACAAAAGUACUUGUAUUCCUCUCAUCACAGCUGGUACUUGCAGCUUUCAUGUUUGGAAACACAUGCAAGAAUAUAUUCGAAGCCAUCAUCUUUGUUUUUGUAAUGCACCCAUUUGAUGUCGGUGAUCGAUGUGUUAUAGAUGGUGUUGAGCUACUGGUUGAAGAAAUGAAUAUACUGACAACAGUAUUCUUGAAGCUUAGCAAUGAAAAGCUGUAUUAUCCAAACUCUGUCCUCGCCACAAAACCAAUUAGCAAUUAUUACAGAAGCCCAAAUAUGGGUGACAGUGUAGAGUUCUCGGUUGAUUUUACGACACCAGUAGAGAAAAUUGGAGCACUAAAAGAAAAAGUAAAGAGGUACUUGGAGAAGAAUCCACAAUACUGGCAUCCUAAUUUUGGCUUGGUAGUGAAGGAGAUUGAAAAUGUAAAUAAGAUUAAGAUGGGUGUUUAUGUGACUCACACAAUGAACUUUCAAGAAUUUGCGGAGAAGAACAAGCGGAGAAGUGAACUAGUGAUGGAAGUAAAGAAAAUAUUUGAAGAGCUCAAUAUCAGAUACAACCUUAUUCCACAAGGUGUUCAUCUCAGACACAUCGAAUCUGAUACGAGUUAUGUCAGAUGACGAUUCUUUCUCACUGUUAUGCAACUGCAUAUGUAUGUGCUCUUUUUGUUUCUUUGAUCUCUGCCAAAUACCAUCAGCUAUUUUUCUUUGGUUGCAUUUAUUCAUAAAUCAUGAGUGUUAUGAUUGGUUCUAUAUAUUAUUAUUAGAUUAUGUAUUCAAGACGUCUUAUGUACCAACGUUGAAGUUGAUCCAAUGUAAAAUGUAACGAAUUUGAUUGGCUGUAACGAAUGUGGUUCUAUGGUUGAACUUUGUCCCUUGUGUCUGGCUAUAGUUUGAUUGGCUCAGCAUUAUUCCUGA